AUUCCGCACAAGUGUCGUCAAUGACGUUUGUCAGUUUGAGAGGGCCCACAAUAAAAAUACAUAUUACGAAUUUUUAAAAGUAAAUUUUUGGUGUUUUUAUUGCAAUGAAAUGUCGUUCCGUGGAAGAGUAUUAGGAUUUGUGGAAGUGGUUUUGAGAGUGCCCCCGUUGUUUGUGAUUGACGAGAUACUUAGAGUUGGACUUCUUGGCAUAGUGGAGCUGUCAGAUCAGGAUUUGCAGCAAAGUGAAGAAUUAUUAGCAUCUAAGCAACAAUACAAAUACAAUAAUGUUACGACGACGGGGACCAGCGAGACCUUCGAUCCCUUGGUCUACAGGUUUAUCCUCAUGUCUUUUAUCAGGCUGAUAAUAAGUACAAUAGGUUGUGCGACAGCAUUAUGCCUCUUCAUACUCAGCACGAAACACCUGAUGGUGGUCUACAUGUAUCUCAUGUCCGUUGGAUUGGUAUUCGUCUCAUACUGGACCAACGUCAACACCGUCAACACAGUGCUGAAUCUGGAGACCUUCGGAAACGGAACGCUCAACGUCAUCAACGUGGUGUCACUGAGUUUGGAGCAACUAUUCCAGCACAAAGAUUACUUCUACAACAUCGUUCAAAAUUAUUUCAUUCAAAUUUUGUUGUCUAUUAUAUUUACUAAUAUCCAUCUUGGUCCCAGGAAUCCACUAUUGCAGAAAGUAUUACCGAUAGCGUUUCUGGUGCCUUCUGUUCUGGUUAUUUUGCCUACACCUCCGGUACUUCUAUCCCACAUACCGAUGGUAGCUGCACUGAUACCUCUAGCUCUAGUUAAAUUCGUACUGUGUACCUCUCUUCUACAAAUCAUCCAUUCCAUAUACUCGGGCUACCUGCAGGCGAAGAAUUUCGUGUCCAAUUUCGGCAUGUCUGCACUCGUCGAAUCAGAAUGGUUAAGACUGAAUGUACCAGAAGUACUGAGAACUUUCUGGAUGCUGCGAGUAUUAGAGAACGCCGCAAUUUUCUAUCUAUCAGGAUAUUGGGACAUAGAUGAUGGGCACUCUCCGUAUUUCAGACUCAUGAAGUACUUGAUGGUGACAGGCUGCGAUACGUUGACAGCGGUACUCGGCAUCACUAGCGUAGUAUCUUGUAUGUGCAAUUUCAUCGGAAAAUUCUUCCAAUGGGUGUUGUUAACUGACGAUGAAAACGACAAAAAUUUCGGUACCGUUUCAGCUAUAGUAUUCUACAUACUAGCCCUGCAGACCGGACUAACAGGACUUGAACCUGAAGUACGAUUCGUACGAUUAUGCAGAAACUUUUGUUUAUUAUUCACAGCACUCUUGCACUUCACUCACAAUGUUGUAAAUCCUCUGUUGAUGAGUUUAAGCGCCUCGCACAAUCCUUCUUUGAAAAAACACUUGCAUGCUCUUCUGGUAUGUCUAGUGCUGGUCAUUUUACCGAUAUUGCUCAUGUACUACUUGUGGAAGACUCAAGAAACUUCCACGUGGCUAUUAGCAGUCACGGCUUUUAGUAUAGAAGUGAUAGUUAAAGUAUUCGUAUCGUUAGCUAUUUAUUCACUAUUUCUUCUUGACGCUAGAAGAGAAACGUUCUGGGAAAAGCUUGACGACUACAUUUAUUACAUACGAGCAUUUGGCAAUACCAUAGAGUUCUGUUUCGGCAUAUUUUUGUUCUUUAACGGAGCGUGGAUCUUGCUAUUUGAGAGCGGCAGUGCCAUCAGAGCCGCCAUGAUGUGCAUCCACGCCUAUUUCAACAUCUGGUGCGACGCCAAAGCGGGCUGGUCCGUCUUCAUCAAGCGAAGAACAGCUGUCAAUAAAAUAGAGUCUCUGCCGGAAGCCAACAGGGAGCAAUUGCGCCUAUUGGACGACGUGUGCGCCAUAUGCUACCAAGAGAUGCAGAGCGCCAAAAUCACUAAAUGCAGGCACUUCUUCCACGGUGUCUGCCUCAGGAAGUGGCUCUACGUCCAAGACAGAUGCCCCCUCUGUCACGAGAUCCUUCACGGCAUCGAAUCGGACGAGAGGAAAGAGACGAACCAACAAGCGGUCAACGCCAACGUGGCCGAAGAACACAACUACGAUAGGUGAUAGGAUUUAGACAAUGUGAUAUAGGUUAAUUUUAUGAAAUGAGCUUGGAGGGUACAGGACUGUAAUUGUCACCACGAACCACGUUUUUAUUGGCUGUUAAUUGACUUUGAGAAAAGAUAUUUAUUUCCUGAUAAGAAGAUAUACGAUAUACAUGUAAAUUUUUAUCAGUAAAGUUGGCAGUUUCGGUACAGGUUUGUACAGAUUAAGUUUACUACCUUUAUAUGAAUAGAUACCUUUUAUUUCCUC